AUGCCACAACCCAGACUCAGCAAAGUUAAUAAACUGACCAUAACAUUUCUCGUUGACAACAGCAUUGAAUGGUUUACCAAGCUUCCUCCCGGUUUCACUCAUGAACUGCCGCAGCAUCUCCGAUAUCAUAGUCCAGAAGUCGACAAGAUUACUGGAGUCCCAGUCCUAGAUUUCAAUCGGUUUUGCUGCGGUGCCCACGGGUUUUCAGCUCUCAUUAACACCGAGUCUCCGGAAACUGGAAAAAACCAUUUGACACUAUUUGAUACUGGGCCGGAUUCUACUUCUCUGAUUCGCAAUGUCUCAGCAAUGCAAGUACCUGCGGAUCAAGUAGAGAGGAUUAUCAUCUCUCACUGGCACAGCGACCAUUCGGGAGGGUUACUUUCCUUUCUCGAGCACAGAAAUUCGGGUCCAGUGCCGAUUCAGACACCUUGCGUUGUGGAUGUACACCCUGACAGGCCCUUGGCUCGUGGAAUAGCUCGUGGACCCAAAUACGAUAAAGUAAUAGGUGCCCUGCCGCCUGAUCCUACUUUUGACCUGAUUGAGGAGGCCGGGGCGCUAGUCGAAACGCAUGCCGAAGCGCAUGUUGUUGCUGGAAAUACAGUCUAUGUGAGCGGUGAGAUUCCCCGUAUCACCCCUUUUGAACAAGGGAUCCUCGGCGGAAUGAGAUGGAAGGAAGGAAAGUGGACAGCAGAGCCGCAUAUCAUGGACGAAAGAUAUGCUGCAAUUGAUAUUGUUGGGAAGGGAUUGGUCAUCUUCAGCGCUUGCUCUCAUGCCGGAAUUGUGAACGUGGUCAAGCACGCGGUCGAUACCUUCUCUCGUCCAAUUUAUAUGGUCAUCGGUGGGUUACAUCUGGCCACGCCGGAUCUCGUUCCUCGCAUAGAGCCUACUGUGCAUUUCCUCUCCAAGCAACUGAAGCCUUCGCCCACAUAUAUACUUCCCAUGCACUGCUCUGGAUUCCAAUCCAAAGUAGCACUUGAGACUGCAAUGGGAGAGGGUUGCAUCCCCGCCGGAGUAGGUGUGACAAUAGAGGUCAUAGGCGACAAGGAGCAUGACGCAUGUUUGCUUGCAUCCUCUUACUAG